UACGGGGACGCCGCUCUCCGGCAAUCGUGCCAUAAGGGUUUUUAUGGGGGUUCACGCGAAGGAAGAGGCUGCCGUCGUCGUUUCCGCCAUGGAAGGCCGAGAGGAAGGACGAGUAGAAGAAGAGCUAGAAGAAGAAGAGGAAGAAGAGGAGUCGUGGUCGUCGGAUUCGGAGGUGGGAGAGGCUUUGGACUGGCUGGACUCGAGGGAGGGUCCGGAAGGCGAUGGCACCUCGGCCGCCUUCUCCCUCGCCUCCUCCCGGCGUCCCAACGCCCACGGCGGCAUCCUCGCUCGCCCCCUCCAGCCCCUUUCCAACCGCAACCAGAAGUACACCUCCCACAUCCGCGCCAGCCCUCUAGAGGAGUGGGAAGGGAGGAUGAAUGUGGGCAUGUCAAACACAGUAACGACUGCAAUUAGGGAGAGCGUUCGUGAGAUGGCCAUUGGGAGAACCAAGAAUACAGAGAAAGCUGAUCGAGCCACCGUCGAGCAGGCUAUUGACCCAAGAACUCGCAUGGUUUUGUUCAAAAUGCUGAAUCGUGGAGUCUUUCAUGAUAUUAAUGGCUGCAUCUCUACUGGGAAAGAAGCAAAUGUUUAUCAUGCGACUAAAGCUGAUGGUCAGGAAUUGGCAAUCAAAGUGUACAAAACUUCUGUUCUUGUUUUUAAGGACAGAGAUCGUUAUGUACAAGGGGACUACCGUUUCAGACAUGGUUACUGCAAGCACAACCCUAGGAAGAUGGUGAAGACUUGGGCAGAGAAAGAAAUGAGAAAUCUUUUGCGGGUAAAAGCAGCAGGAAUCAGGUGUCCAACACCGCUACUCUUAAGGCUUCAUGUUUUGGUCAUGGAGUUCAUUGGGAAGUCAGGUUGGGCUGCACCACGACUGAAGGAUGCUGCUUUGUCUGAAGACAAGUUGCGUGAAAGUUAUGUGGAGAUUAUUACAAUAAUGCGGGCACUGUACCAAAAGUGUAAAUUGGUACAUGGAGACCUCAGUGAAUACAAUAUACUCUAUUUUGAGGGUCACUUGUACAUUAUUGAUGUUUCGCAAGCAGUAGACCUUGAUCAUCCUUGUGCACUAGACUUUUUAAAAGAAGACUGUGUCCAUGUUUCAGAUUUCUUUAAAAAGCGUGGAGUUGCUGUAAUGACAGUUAAGGAGCUAUUUGAUUUUGUGAUUGAUCAAUCCAUUGCUGAUGAAGAUGUGGAUGACUAUCUGGAUAAGGUUCAGAAAAACGUUGUGGAAAGAGGGCAGACGGUUGCUUAUGAUGAUGAAAUUGCACCAACCGUGUUUGUCCAGACAGUAGAUUAUGUAAAGAAGUGCGAGGAGGAUCUUGUUCAGAUGGCAAUGCUCUCACGUCCAUCAUUUACUUAUGAGCCAACAGCAGAAAAGAUUUAUGACCAACCCCUACUAGGAUUCAUACAGACUAGAAGUGAAAGUGCCCUACAGCAACAGCAGGAUGCAACAAAAACUGAGACCUCCUCGAAGUCUUCAGAGGAUUUGCAGACAAAGUGUUCUUUGGAGGACAAAACUGCUGAAAUAGACACAGAUGAUGACAGUUCUGUUACUAGCUCCGAUAAAGAUGGAUCUGCAUCCGAGCCUGAGAUAAAGAUGGGUCCUGCGGAGAAGAGAGCUGCUCGGAAAGAACAUAAGAAGAAAGUGAAAGAAGAGAAAAGGGAGGCUCGCAAGACAAAGAUCCCUAAGGCUGAGAAGAAGAGGAGGAAGAAAUUGGCCAAAGCUAAGUGCAGCAGAUAGCAUUUUCUCUCUGACAUACGCAUGAUUUUGUUUCCAUGCGAUUAAUUGUAACUAUGUUGAGGGUUUUUUAUUUUUCCCUACAAUUUAUAUUUGCCCUUUCCGAGGGGACAAAACUUAAAGUGUGUCAAAGAUACUGAAUUGUUUUAUUCAUGUCUAGAGUUUGUAGAGCCAGUGAUGGCAAAAAAUGGUUUCACUGAUAUUAUUUGUUCUGCA